UCAGAAACAGGAAGCAAACUAUCACGAUGCAGCAGUUUACAAGAGUCAGUUUACAGUCAGUCAGUUUACAGUGUAACAGUAGGCUGCACUUGUAGAAAUGUAAUGAACAUAUCCUCCUCAUCUGUGGUCCUGCUGUGCCUCCAUACAGGCAGAAUGAUGAACUUUGCUGUACUGAUUCUCAUCCUGACAACAGGAGCUGCCUUUGGAGAGGGGGAGUUUCCAUUGGACAUGAAGGAGAACUCUGUUGAUGAUCAGUACCAGGGAUGCGCAAUGAAUAUGUCACACAUGGUAGAGAACACAUUUCUAAAACAGGAACUUGAAAGUACAAAGAACUUCAGCGCAGCUUGGAGUAAAGGACAACAGUGGUGCUCCAGUAAUAAGAAAGGAGAUGAUUUGGGAGAAAUGAAUUACUGCAUUGCCUUGUACGUUUAUACUCUACUUGACCCACCGGUAUAUCAAGCUUUCAAUAGUGACACUCGUAAUGGGACAGCACAAUACACAGGAAAGACAUAUCACUGGUAUUCUCUUCACUUUUUGUUAGCACGCGCAGUACAAGUUCUGAAGAACCAAGAGAGGAAAAACGGAAUUAAAUGCAGAUCAGUGUAUCGUGGUACAGAGGAUCCAUUUGAAAAAGACGUUCUGAACAAAGAGAUUCGAUUCGGCUCAUUCACAUCCUCUUCCCUCGACCCCAAUGUGACAACGAGUUUUGGAAAAGUGUCGUGUUUUGAAAUCAACACAUGCCAUGGUGCCGAUAUCACGGAUUAUUCCGCCAACCCACAUCAGAAAGAGGUGUUAAUUCCUCCAUAUGAGAUAUUUACAGUCACAAAAGUCUCAGAGAAAAGAAACAAUCCAUGGUGUGGCACUGUGUAUAAACUGGAGAGCACUGGGAUCAGAAGUGACCUCAACUGUAAGGUUGUGCUAAAACAGGCCUCAGGCAAAUCUCUGAUUUAUCACAAAUAUGUGCAACCAAUUGUGGAUUUCAUUCAUAGCCUUUUCUUUCUCUGAAAUCCUAUGGUGAUGUUUACCUUUCUACAAAAAUUGAAACAAUUCUGUUCAUUUGAAGUCAAAUUUACAAUCAGUAAAAGCAAUCUGAGUCAAUCUGAUCAUGUAUACUGGGAGAUGUAGUUCAUGGCAUCAUUCACGGUCUCCAGAUGGAUACGUUCUGUUAUUGCAGAAAUGGAACAGUAUACUUUGCUAAUCUUUUUAGACACACAGUACACUACCACCAACAUCUUUUCAAGCACAAUUUUGUUAUGUCAUCUCAGGCAUGGAAAAUUAAUCUGUCUUUCAAAAUCAUACAGAAUAUAGGCAGAAUGAUUCACGUAUGGGUAGCCAGAAGGAAGCUCUACUGCACAGCUCCACAAAUGCUCUGGAAAAUGUAGCAGAAAAUAGCUACAUGACCGCCAAGCUACUGAGAAAUCAGUAUAAUCUGCAUUAAUGUUUCUGGUUUCUGGAAAUGUUGUCAUCGUCUCCAGAUGGAUACGUUAUUGCAGAAAUGGAACAGUAUUUUCUAAUCUUUUUGUGUUUGGCUUUCUUAGUCCACACAGUUGCAAUCGGCAUGAAACAAGUUUGUGCACAUGCCCAAGACUUUCAAACACAAGAAUGAUAAGUUUACAUUGAAACCUCAAGUUUGUUAUACUUCCAGGUAGUGGUUGAUAUUUGACACACACACACACACACACACACACACACACUUCACACACUUCACACACUUACACUUCACACUGCACACACAAAUCAUGUAGAUGUCCACCAAAUAUCAUUAAGUUGACCACACAGUGUGGAAUGGUGUGGUGUGAUAAUUUUACAGUUUAUAAACAUUAGUGUUUUUGUUUGUGAAUAAUAAAUAAAUAUAACUAUUUAUGUA